AUGGAUAUGGGAGAUCUCACGCUGAAUGGUCGAUGGAACGAAGAAUUUCUCAGAAAGACGGCCUUUUCAUUUCGAAAGGGUUUCGAUAGACUGACGCGACAGGAGAAAUUAUCUCCGUGGAUAAUACGGCAACUGUUGCGGAGAGCCACGCAACCUGAACUCAAGAAGUACCUCGAUAAGAGACUGUUCAUCCAGUUCAACGGCAUCCAAGCUAUUCUACAUUUACUGCUCAAGAUAUUGCCUACGCAACCUGAGCUCAAGAAGUAG